GAGUGAGACUCCAACUCAAAAGGGGCUGUUGUCAUUCAAGGAUGUGGCCAUAGAAUUCUCUCCAGAGGAGUGGGAAUGCCUAAACUCCCCUCAGCGAAUAUUGUACAGGACUGUGAUGUUAGAGAACCAUAGAAACCUGGUUUUUCUAGGACUUGCUGUCUCUAAGCCAGACCUUAUUACAUGUCUGGAAAAAAAGAAAGAGCCCUGGGAUGUGAAGAGACAUGGCACAUUAGUCAAACUUCCAGCUGUGACUUCUCAUUACACUGAAGGCCUUUUGCCAGAGAAUAGUAUAGAAGACUCCCUUUCAAAGGUGCCAAUGGGAAAAUAUGUGAUCCAUACUGGAAAGAAACCCUACAAAUGUGAAGAAUGUGGCAAAACCUUUCACUUUCAUUCAUGCCUUACUCGACAUACUAUGAUCCAUACUGGAGAGAAACCCUACAAAUGUGAAGAAUGUGGCAAAGCCUUUCACUCUCGUUCAAAUCUUACUCAACAUACAGUGAUCCAUACUGGAGAGAAACGCUACAAAUGUGAAGAAUGUGGCAAAACCUUUCCCUCUCGUUCAUAUCUCACUCAACACACAGUGAUCCAUACUGGAGAGAAACGCUACAAAUGUGCAGAAUGUGGCAAAGCCUUUCACUCUCAUUCACAUCUUACUCGACAUAUAGUGAUACACACUGGAGUGAAACGCUACAAAUGUGAAGAAUGUGGCAAAGCUUUUCCCACUCGUUCAAAUCUUACUCAACAUACACUAAUCCAUACUGGAAAGAAACCCUGCAAAUGUGAGGAGUGUGGAAAAACCUUUCACUUUCGUUCACUCCUUACUCGACAUACAAUGAUCCAUACUGGAGAGAAACCCUACAAAUGUGAAGAAUGUGGCAAAGCCUUUCACUCUCAUUCAAAUCUUACUCAACAUACAGUGAUCCAUACUGGAAAAAAACCCUACAAAUGUGAAGAAUGUGGCAAAGCCUUUCCCUCUCGUUCACAUCUUACUCAACAUACAGUGAUCCAUAGUGGAGUUAAACGCUACAAAUGUGAAGAAUGUGGCAAAGCCUUUCAUACUCGUUCGCUCCUUACUCGACACAUGAUGAUCCAUACUGGAGAGAAACCCUACAAAUGUGAAGAAUGUGGCAAAGCCUUUAACAUUUGUUCACUCCUUACUCGACAUACGAUGAUCCAUACUGGAGAGAAACCCUACAAAUGUGAAGAAUGUGGCAAAGCUUUUCGCUCUCAAGGAGAAUUUGCUGGACAUAAGACCAUUCAUACUGGACAGAAACCCUACAAAUGUCCAGAAUGUGACAAAGCCUUUAACUCUCGUUCACAUCUUACUCGACAUACAGUGAUUCAUACUGGAGAGAAACCCUACAAAUUGAAACACUACAAAUGUGAACAAUGUGGCAAAACCUUUCACUCUCAUUCAAACCUUAAUCAACAUACAGUGAUCCAUACAGAAGAGAAACCCUAUAAAUGUGAAGAAUGUGGCAAAGCCUUUCACUCUCAUUCACAACUUAGUCAACAUACAAUGAUCCAUACUGGAGAGAAACCCUACAAAUGUGAAGAAUGUGGCAAAGCCUUUCGCUCUAGAGGAGGAUUUUCUGGCCAUAAGACCAUCCAUACUAGGGAGAAACCCUAGAGAUGUGAAGAAUGUAGCAAAGACUUUCACUCUUGAGGAGGAUUUGCUGGCCAUAAGACCAUCCAUACUUUAGUGGAACCAUAAAAAUUUGCAGAAUGUGGCAAAUGCUUUAGUUAGUACUUGAAGCUUAUUGAACAUCAGAAUAUCCAUACUGGAGAGAAACCCUACAAAUGUGAAUAAUGUGGCAAGGUCUUUCACUCUCACUCUGGUUUUUCUCGACAUAAGACCAUGCAUACUGCAGAGAAAUCUUACAAAUGUGAAGAAUGUGGCAAAGCUUUUUGCUCCCAUUCAAUGCUUGCUGGAUAUAUCAAAGUGUUGUGGAGAGAAACCCUACAAAUGUCAAGAAUGUGGCAAAGCCUUUCACUCUCACUUUGGAUUUGCUUUACAUAAGACCAUCCAUACUGGAGAAAAAACCUACAAAUGCGAAGAUGUGGCAAGGCCUUUCACUCUCAUGUAGUAUUUGCUAGACAUAAGACCAUGUGCACUGUGGAGAAAUCCUACAAAUAUGAAGAAUGUGGCCAAGCGUUUUGCUCCCAUUCAAUGCUUGAUGGACAUAUGAAAGUGCAUAUUGGGGAGAAACCAUAAGUGUGAAGAAUGUGGAAAUGCCUUUUGCUCUCACAAUGGAUUUGCUGGACAUAAGACAAUCCAUACUGGAGAGAAACCCUACAAAUGUGAAAUAUAUAUAUUGAAAAGCUUUUCACUCUAAUUGACUAUUUGCUCAACAUGGCAAGAUCCAUACUGUUGAGAAACCCUACACAUGUGAAAAGUAUGGCACAGCUUUUUGUACUCAUGGAGGAUUUGCUGGAUAUAAGACCAUCGAUAUUGAAGAGAAAAACAAACUGCACAAAUAUAAAGAGUGUGGCAAAGCCUUUCACUCUAUUAAGGAUUUGCUGGACAUAAGACCAUCCACACUGGGGAGAAAUUGUGCAAAUGUGAAGAGUGUUGUAAAGUCUUUCACUCUAAUAAGGCUUUGCUGGACAUAUGACCAUCCAUACUGGAGAGAAAUCAUGCAAAUGUGAAGAGUGUGGCAAAGUCUUUCACUCUAUUAAGGAUUUGCUGGACAUAAGACCAUCCACAAUGGGGAGAAAUCCUACAAGUGUAAAGAAUAUGGCAAAACCUUUCACUUUCACAACGGAUUUGCUGGACACAUGACCAUCCAUGCAGGAGAAAAACAAUACAAAUGUGAAAUAUGCGGAAAAGCUUUUCACUCUCAUUCACUACUUGCUUGACAUGUCAAGAUGCAUACUGUUGAGAAAUCUUGCAAAUGUGAAAAGUGUGACAGUUUUUCACAUUCAUAAAGCAUUUGCUGGACACAAGACCAUCUAUAGUGGAGAGAAAUCCUACAAACAUGAUGAAUGUGGCAAAGCCUUUUGCUCUGAAAUGAUUUGCAAUUCAUAUGAGGCACCAUGAUGGAGAGAAACUCUACAAACAUGAAGAAUGUGGCAAAGAUUUUUGCUUUACUAAAGUAUUUACUGAACAUAAGUCCAUUGAUACUGGAGAAAAACCCUACAAAUGUGAAGAAUGUGACAUAGCCAUUCACUCGCACAAUGGAUUUGCUGGACACAUAAUCAUCCAUACUGGAAACUCUGCAAAUAUGAAAAACAUGGUAAGCCCUUUGCUCUCAUCUACAACUAGCUGGACAUAUGAGAGUCCAUACUGAGAUGAAACUAUAUAAAUGAGAGUAAUGAGAUAAAGCCUUUAGCUCUCAUUUAAUAUUUGGUAGACAUACGAGCAUCUAUAUUUAGGGAUUCCCUACAGAUGGGCAGAAUGGGGUAAACCUUUUCACUGUUAUUCCAAGUUUUAUCAACAUCAGACAAUUUAUACUUUAAAUUUUCAGUAUCUCUAAUGACUGGAAAAUCAUAUAUGUAGGUAUAAACAACAGAGACUUGGUGAGAAAUGUACAGUUGUAAAGAGUACCGUUAUCUUUACUCAAACCACAGAUCUUUUGAAUGUAUAAAUGUAAAACAUGUCUAAAGACAUUAACCAGCAAAAACUUUAUUUGACAUUAGACUGUGCAUUGUAGAGAAUGUACAAAUUUAAAGAAUGUGGACUGGCCUUUGUUCA